CGCUGAAAUAUUCUUUGCUGGGAAAAGAUAUGAUUUUAGUGCUGUUAAUUGAGUACAGUCGAUAUGUACAUAAGACUGGAUGCGGAAUGAUAAAAUUCAUGACUGAACCAUAUAUUUAUAUUGGCGUAUCAGAUCGGGAUGAUGUUGAAUAUAUUUUAAAGAACUGCCUUGAGAAGGAGAAUGUCAUGCGUUUUUUUAGAGAGAUUAUUGGUAAUGCUGGAAUAUUUGCACCAGUAUCCACGUGGAUUCACCGAAGAAAGAUGCUCAUACCAGCCUUUAGCCCAAAAAUUAUUAAAAGCUUUGUAAGCAAGCAGGCUAGGCAAGGUCUGGAACUGUCGGAGCAGUUGGAAAUAGACGGUCGAGUCGGUUCUGGAGAGUUUAGCAUUUGGCCUUACAUCAAUGCUUACACAUUAAGUUCUAUCGCAGAAACAGCCUUAGGUGUGAAAUUGGACGCUCUGCGAGAUCCAAACAUUCCCUUCCUCAGAGCAGUGCAAGAUGUUCUGUGCUUUAUAGCAAGCAGAAUAGUAAAAGUUUGGUUAUGGUCCGAAUUUAUAUAUAAAUUUUCAAACUUACACGCCGAUGUACAAACCUCGAAAACUUCAUUAUAUAGUUUACCGGAUAAGAUAAUUAAAGAAAAACGCGAAGCUCUUUACAAUAAUAAUAAACUGAAGAAUUUACGCGAAAAACAAACAAUUUACGGACAAGGACAGGACAGUAAUAGUUUUUUAGACCACCUUAUAAUGUUAUCCGAAGAAGAAAAUAGACUGACUGAUGAGGAACUGAGGGAGGAGAUCUUGGUGAUGAUGUUAGCUGGCACAGACAGCUCCGCAGUUGCUAUUGGCUACACGCUGGUGUUAUUAGCCAAAUAUCCUGUAAUACAAGAAAAAUUAUAUAACGAUAUCAAAAAUCAUUUUGGAAAUAGUGAUCGGCCCUUAAAUUCAGAUGACCUAAUGGCCCUCGAAUACUUAAGUAGAGUUGUCAAGGAAUCUCUUCGACUCUUUCCGCCGGUUCCGGGUAUUACAAGAAAGGCUGGUGAUAAAGAAGUUCAUUUGCCCUCGGGUAUAAUUCUCCCAAGAGAAACCGGUAUUGUUGUAUCUAUUUGGGGUAUGAAUCGUGAUCCAAAGCAGUGGGGACCGACUGCUGAUUGUUUUGACCCCGACAGAUUCUCAGAUAAACAAACGGCGACCUACGCAUCAUUCAGUUUGGGCCCUCGGAACUGCAUUGGUUAUAAAUACGCUCUGCAGUCUGUGCAAAUAGCAGUUGCCUCCAUAAUCCGUCGUUACAAAGUCGUGGGAGAGCCAGAGAAAGGAUCAGUGCCUACAAUAGAUAGUACAUUCUCCAUUAUGAUGAGAGCUAAAGACGAUUUUAAAAUUGCUUUGGAGAAAAGACAUAAUUAA